AUGGCGCAACAUGAUUGGCUAGUGUACAUAAGAAGAGCCAGUCACGGGGUUGACCGGAAUAAAUUGAAUCCAACACGUGAACAAAUCAUUGGCGUAAUGGAGAAAAAAUUAAAGAAGGACUCGAGAUUUCUUUCCCGAACCAUAGAAAAUAUCGAGAAAAAACGGGAAGUCGCGAUCAAACAAUUACAGGAGCAGGCUGUAGUCAUCGCUUCCGAAGAAUAUGUUGAACGUUCACAGGGAGCUCGUUCCAUUAUUGCGCGUGAUUUUUUGCCGCAAAAUUAUAAAAAAAGAAAUCAGGAAGAUGUACUGGACGAUGAUUCUGAAAAAAAUGCUGUCAAAAAAUACAAAGACACUACACCAGCACCACAAACUCCAGGAAACCAGGUGGUAGCUGAUGAACCAGAUUUAGAUUAUCUGAGCGAGCAGACAAAUGACGAAUUAAAUUCCGGGGUAUCAUCUAUCUAUGAGGACGAAGAUGAAGAAAAUUCUUUAGAUGACAGUUCUGAUGAAGAAGAUACGGUCGAACUUGCAGACAUAUCAUUUAUUUCUUUUGUUUGUUCAAAAACCGAUAACAAAAAUUAUAAAUGGAAAUUAAAGAAUGAUGAAAGUGUAAGAAGUCGGCUCAUAGUUAUGACAAAAAAAGCAAUCGAAGUAGCAAAACAAGCCGAAAAAGUUGACACAAAAACAAUGAGUGUUAUAAGGUUGGGACUAUCUUCCAUAAUAGAUCUUUCGUCUGAGUUCAAAGGGGGAAUGCACACCUGGUUUGGGGACAACUGGUUGCCAUUAAAGAAAGAAGUAUUUUCAAAAAUUGACUUGAAAGUUGAAAAGUUUACUGGAGAAGUAUCAGAAUUGAUAACAAAAGUAGAAAAUCUUUGUAAUUCAUAUGAUUAUUUGGGGGCACGAAAACUUGUAUUAGAAAAAAUAACGGAACGGCCUAUUGAUAAUCAAAUGAGACAAGUGGCUAAAAUAUAUUUUAACAUCAUUGAUUUAUUUUUAGAAAAUCCUUAUACUUUUGUUAAUGAUGAUGGCCAGCUUCAAAAUCACACCGAAAUCCAAUAUGUGAUGAUUUUAGCAAGCCCUAUUUUAGACAUAAUAUUCUCAGAUCAACGAGAUCAUGUUAGACUGAUGUGGGGAGAAACAGUUUCACAAGUCACUAAUGAUUCAAGAAAAAAGAUUGAUCUUUGUAUAAGAACUAAGGAUGGUAUGAAGGAGUUGAGCCAUUCUGAAUGUGCUCGGGAAGCUACAUUUAUAAAAAUCCUAAAAGAUCGAAGCAAAUCGCUUAGAACAAAUAAAUGUAUACUUGACAAAUAUAUUGGGAACGAUCUUCCAGAUGAAGCUUUAGAAGAUACAGCAAUUUUUGGGUUACAACUGGCAGCUUUGGAAGGUCAAAUAAUUGGAAUUGAUUUACUGGACGAAGGGCUAUACUUCGGAUUUGAUGGACCAGCUUUCAAGUUUCCUGCUCAGAUUUGUAGUAUUAGUGUCUUAAGGCAUGCAUUGGAAGUUUUAUAUUAUUUUAAGACUCCAUGGGUAAUAGGAGAAAGUCAUCAAAAGAGCAAAAUAUUUGCUCCAGAAUUCAAGCGAAACCAACAAGAUCACCAAACUUUUACAUUCCGAAAAUAUUGA